UUCCACUCACAGAAUUAUCAGUUCCAUGCCGAUUCUAAAGGAAUACUCGUCAUGAUUCGCGAUCGUAUGCCCGAUUUGCGUGCCAGCCGAAGUAACAGCAGUACCUUUGGCAGAGGUUUCUUGCAGGACGUACACCUUCAAAUAGCUCAAAAUAAAAAGCUCAAGGAGCUGCUCGACGAAGCCGAGGAAAUACGCGCUCUGAUCCAUCUUAUAGUCGAAAACGUUUCUAUCGUGAAGAACUUGCAUAACAAUAUCCUGUCGCAUACAAAUAAGGACUUACAAAAAGAAUUGGAGACUCGCACGUGCACGAUCUCGCAGACGGCUUUUCGCGUGCAGCGAAAGUUACGAGAUAUUGGAAAAGGUAUUACUAUCGUUGACGAUGUGACCGCAAUGCAAGAUGAAUCUGUAUACACGAGAAUUAGAAUGUUACAAUAUACGACUACGCUGCAAUUGUUUUCCGAGAUCAUGGAAGAUUACAAUGCCUCGUUACUAAAAUAUCACGAUAAAUGCCUGUUGCUCUUGCAACAGCAACGUACACUACUAAGGCGGCAGCUUACAAGUGUUGAAUUGGACCAUAUGCUUGACGCUCAAGAAACUAGCUUAUUUGUCGAUAACAUCUUAGAGGACAGCAAGAUAGCGCGGCAACAAUUAUCAGAUAUAGAAAGUAGACACAACGAUGUCCUAAAAUUGGAGAAAUCUAUCACAGAGGUCAGAGAUAUAUUUGCGGAAAUGGCAUUCCUGAUCGAGGAACAGGGAGAACAAAUUAAUAACAUUGAAUAUUUUGCUAAUAAAACUACGGAUAAUAUCGACGGUGGACGCGUUCACCUCAGCAAGUCAGAACAGAGGAGCCAUAGAUAUAAAAAGCGGAAAAUCAAGAUUUACAUUAUCAUAAGUGUGAUAGUAAUAAUUUUUCUUUUAUUUAUCAUUGCGUCACUUUAAAAACUAUACAAACCAUCUUAUGAAUGUAGUUUAGCUCAAUGUUUUAAUAUUAGUGUCAACUAUGAAUAAAAAUUUUAUGCAUAUAUG